UCUCCAGAAAUCUCGCAAUGCAAAUUGAAACCAACAACAUCCAUGAUGGAUCCAGAAGCCAUGUGUGCAGUAGAUUAAUGUUCUUGUACAAUUUCUCUCUGGUUUGAUCGUUUAAUCACAAGAGCUUUCCUCUUCAGUGAUUUCCACAUAAAUAAUGACGGUGAAGCAAGAUGAAUAAUAACAUAAGCUUGUACAAUUUGCACAAGACCUUCUCCCUCCGCCGAGCCAACGCGUCCUGGUGGAACCGAGUCCACGACCCACAAAGCGACUUUAUCACAAAAUGGAACCAUUUUUUUCUGGUGAUUUGCCUUGUAGCGUUGUAUUUAGACCCUCUGUAUCUUUUCUACCCCAUUAUCCGCAACGAUUGCUUGACCAUCGAUCUCAAUUUAGGCAUCGUGGUUACCUUCUUUAGGACAGUGACGGACGCAUUCUUUCUCUCGCACAUUUUUAUCAAGUUCAGAACAGCAUUUGUGGCACCCAGUUCCAGGGUUUUUGGCAGGGGAGAGCUCGUCAAGGAUCCAAAAAAGAUUGCCAGCCGCUACUUGAAGUCUGAAUUUGCUAUGGAUUUAGCAGCUGCACUUCCUCUCCCACAGCUUGUCAUCUGGUUCGUAAUUCCAGUACUCAAAUAUACAACAGCUGAAUAUGCCAACCACACUCUUUCUCUCAUUGUUCUGAUUCAAUAUGUUCCCCGAAUUUCAAUUAUAUUCCCUCUUAACAGACGGAUUAUUAAAACGGCUGGAAUUGUGGCCAAAAGUCCGUGGUCAGGCUCUGUUUACAAUCUCCUCAUGUACAUGCUUAUGAGCCAUCUUCUUGGAGCUGUAUGGUAUUUGUUUUCUAUGCAGCGGCAGUAUGAGUGCUGGUCUAUCGAAUGUCAAAAGGAGAGUAAUAUCACCAACGCUCAGCCUUGUAUUGCUUCUUUUCUUGACUGUGAAACUAAGGACAAACAUAAACGCGAAGCUUGGUUUAAGGCCACCAUGGUGCUCCGCAAUUGUGAUGCUAAAGAUGAUGAUAAGUUUCAGUUCGGAAUAUACGCUGAUGCUUUUACUAAUGAUGUUGCUGAAUCAACUUUCUUUAAAAAAUAUUUCUAUUGCCUCUGGUGGGGUUUAAAAACGCUAAGUUGCUAUGGGCAGAAUCUUGAGACGAGUACUUAUGUUGGUGAAACAAUAUUCAGCAUUGUUGUCUGCAUUGGUGGUCUAAUUCUGUUCUCACAUCUCAUAGGCAAAAUGCAGACGUAUUUGCAAUCCACAAACGCUAGACUAGAGGAGUGGAGGGUUAGAAGAAAAGAUACAGAAGAGUGGAUGAGGCACCGGCAAUUGCCCCAAGAGCUGCAAGAACGGGUACGCCGGUUUGUGCAAUACAAAUGGCUAGCCACAAGAGGAGCUGAUGAAGAAUCCAUUUUGGGCUCUUUACCUUUGGAUCUUAGGCGUCAAAUUCAGAGGCAUCUCUGUCUAGCUUUUGUUCAACGUGUUCCAUUUUUUGCACAAAUGGAUCCGCAGCUCUUAGAUGCCAUAUGUGAACGUCUCUACUCAUCCUUGAAUACCAGAGACACCUUCCUUAUUCGAGAAGGCGAUCCGGUGAGCGAGAUGCUCUUCAUCAUUAGAGGUCAAGUAGAGAGCUCCACAACCAAUGGAGGAAGGGUAGGAUUCUACAAUUCUAUUGUUCUCAGAAUUGGUGACUUCUGUGGUGAAGAAUUAUUGACAUGGGCCUUGAUGCCAAACUCUACACUCAAUCUUCCAUUAUCAACUAGAACAGUCAGGUCCAUUACUGAAGUUGAGGCCUUCGCACUUCGAGCUGAAGACCUUAAGUUUGUUGCAGGCCAAUUUAAGCGCCUUAAUAGCAAGAAACUCCAGCAUGCUUUCAGAUACUACUCUCACCAGUGGAGGGCUUGGGGAGCUUACUUUAUACAAAUUGCAUGGAGACGCUAUUUAAAGAGAAAGGAGGCGAUGGAGUUGGCUAUGGAGGAGGGCUUAUUUGAAGAUGAGUAUUACAGUGAUGAAACUCCUGAAGAAAGUAAUGAAGAUAGUGGUUCUGCUGCCGAGAGGACAUCAUCAGUGGAGGGUAGUGCAGUCAAUGCCACUCUUACUGGUAGAGUACUUAGUGGUAGAGUACUUUCUUCUAGAUUAAGUAGCACAAGAAGGCUUAGCAAUAGGUUUUCAGAUUAUGACCCUGAUGGAUCUACCUUAAAAAUGCCCAAAAUGUUUAAGCCUCAGGAUCCUGAUUUCUCUAAAGACCAAUCUGGUAAAAUUCCUCUGAGCUUGAUUGUCACUUGUGGUGGGUAG